AUGUAUGUAUGCGCGGCAGAACUAUUCGCACACUACCUAGCUGGGAAGCCGCUAGCUUCUUGCAGCGUCGCCCUCCUGAGUCGCAGUCUUCACGGAGCGGAUAUUUUGAUUGAGGUUCAGAACGUCUCUCCAGACUUAUCUAUCCGAAGGGAGUUGACGUUGCAAUUAUCACGCAUGCGGCAACGGCUGCAGUGCGGCCCCAUCCAACGCUUCCUUCGCUCCAUCCCCAAAAGACGACCAGGGGAACUAAAGGCCACGCAGCUGCGUUCGUGCGAACGCCUGUGGCUGCUGUACGGCAGCGAUUGCAUUCUCUACUCCAUUCACCGCUUCGUCAGCACAGAGAUCCUUCGCUGGAGUCUUAUGCUCAAAUACUGCCAGGCAUUCGCCAAAGCCGCCACUGAAGGGCCGAAGCGCCUUCCAGCAGCCUCAGCCUCCAUAGAACCUCCAGAAGUCAUACGCGGCUUCUCUGCGGCGUGUUUUUCUGAGGCAUAUUCGGCCGCUACUAGGAGCUUGAGAGCCAUAACCCUCAGCGAAAUGCUCAUUUCCGUGCAGCCGCACAUAGAAGCUGUCGUCCGGAAGGAGCUCAUAAAGUUUCACAGACUCUCAAAGCUCGAGUGA